UAAUAUUCCAACAACUUUUUUAACGAUGAACAGACCGAAAUCCAAUCAAUUGCCCGCAGGCAUUAUUACGGACCCCAUUUGCCGCCUGCAGGCAGCGCCGCUCUGAAUUUUUCACGGAGAGGAACGGACUAGUGGGGAGGAAAGAUGAACUCCUUGACUGCCAAGCCAUCAAUUUUUCUACCAAAGCUAUCUUCUUCUUCUGUAUCGAAUGGGCCUCGGUUUCCCUCUUCCUUGGUGAGUUUCCGUUGGAGAUCGAAGAGUGUCGCUGGUUGUGGAAGAGGAAGGUUGGUGGUGAGAGUUCAAGCUAGUGGAGCUGCUAAACCAGAUGGGUCUAAUGACACCAAUGGCGCUCUGAGGAACAGGAGAGAAAUCCUGAUGGAGUAUGUCAAGACCGUGCAGCCUGAAUUUAUGGAGCUCUUCUCCAAGCGGGCACCCCCACUGGUGGUUGAUGCUAUGCGGCAGACUGUGUCAAAUAUGAUUGGGACUCUACCUCCACAGUUCUUUGCUGUGACUGUUAGCACUGUAGCUGAAAGUCUUGCGCAGCUUAUGUACAGCGUGUUGAUGACUGGUUACAUGUUUCAGAAUGCUCAAUACAGGCUAGAGCUCCAGGAGAGCUUGGAGCAUGUUGCUCUUCCUGAUGUGAAGGAGAAAGAGCUGGAUAAUACAGAUUAUGCAACCCUUACACAGAAGAAUGUAAGUGGUGAAGUUAUUAGGUGGAACAAUGUCUCUGGUCCUGAAACAAUUGAUGCUAAAAAGUAUAUUGAAAUCCUCGAAGCGGAGCUCGAGGAACUGAAUCGACAAGUUGGUAGAAAGUCCACACAUGGCGGUAAUGAGUUGCUGGAUUACUGCAGGAAUCUUGAACCCCAGAAUAUCAAGGAGUUGAGUAAUAGUGCUGGGGAAGAUGCAGUUGUUGCAAUGAACGCAUUCAUCAAGCGCCUUUUGGUGGUCACAGAUAAAGAGAAAAUGAAGGUUUUCCCUACAAUUAAGCUCUUUGUUCAGGAAACACAUUUCUUGAGAUUCCUCUUAUGGUAGAUUUAGAAGCACCAGGAGCAUGGUCAUUUGUAGAGUAGUUCUACCGAUUUCUUAAUUUUCACUUGCUGAAAGUUGGAACUUGUGAAGCGGCACUCCUCUGUAGAUAAAUGGAAUUCCCUGGUCUUUGAUUCUUCAAACUUGUUAAUACAGGAAAAUUAUUCCCGAAAAAUGCAGAGAGUUUUCACCGUUUGUCUCCUCCUUGUCUAUACUUUUCUAUUCAAGUUAAUCGGUCCUGUCAUAUAGAUUUUCGUCAGCACUAUAGUUAUGUCAUUAUCGUAAACCUGUGUCUUGCAGACGAGCACGACAGAGACCAGUGCAGCUGAACUGGGGAAGCUGCUCUACUGGCUGAUGGUGGUUGGCUACAGCAUCCGCAACAUUGAAGUCCGCUUUGAUAUGGAACGAGUGCUCGGUUCGUCCCCAAAGAUGCCUGAGUUGCCUUCAGGAGAAGCCUAGAGUCUAAUCUACACCUCCAGCGAUCCACUGUGUUUGAAACCAAGGCAACAAGAGUUGAUGUACCGUAAACAUUAGUCGAAGGCAUGGCAUGUAAUUGAGCAUAUUGUACAAAGGCACUCCGACUUCGAGUGCGACAAGCGAGCUCCUGGAACAGCUUUCAGUUCAUUUUAUUUUGUUGUCCCCAUAUCCAGGCAGUAGGCUUAGAAGCUAUGCAUGGCUCUAGGGACGAUCUUCUGUUAAUUGUUGGUUAGUUCAAAUGAAUUGGUGCUUAUGCUGGGAUUUGAUUGAUCAUGGAAAUUGGU